CGAAGAAGUACUCUUAUUGUCCAUACAUUGUGUUGUCGCAGGUAAGACAAAGAAAAGGAUUCGUGUCUUCAUUGUUGUACCGUUUGAGUAACUCCACCCAACAGAAGAACACGAGUAAAUAUGACAGCACCGUUUUAAAUGGAGUGUGAAAGGCCACCUGGUUUCUGACAUGGCCAACCCUUUCAGGGGUCAGGUUAUCAAACUUUACAGAACUCUGCUGUAUCUUGGCCGUGACUACCCCCAGGGAUCAGCUUAUUUCAAAGAGCGCCUGAAGUCCGCUUUCAUGAAGAAUAAAGACGUGACAGACCCUGAUAAGAUCCAAAAGCUGGUAGCCCGUGGCAACUGUCUCAUCAAGGAACUGGAAGCUAUGUGUUUCCUCAGGAAAUAUCAAGUCAUGAAGAAGAAGUAUUGCCAAACAAAAAAAUAAUCACACAGUUAUCCUUCAGGGUGGGAGGAGAGUACAGUCAAUGUGUUAAUAUUUAAUGUAUCAUAUUUUGUAUCAGUGUUAUUUUCACACGUACCUCUAUCAAUGAGAUUCAGUACACAUUACUCUGCAGAAAUGACCCAACAAUUGCCCUUAGAUAAAAAUGAACUAUGCUUGUGUCAUAAGGGAAAUAGACAUCCAUCUGUAGGAAGUGCCAGAAAGUGAUAAUAAUGCAGCUGUAACAGAAUGUGCUCUAUAUUUUUUUAUACCCAAGUUGUACCUUUUAAAGGCCUGUGUUUUAAAUCAAUACUGUAUAUAUGUUAAUAUUAUAGGUUUUCCUCUAAAACAGUUCUAAACUCAGGAAGCCUAGGUAUUAGACUAACUGAAUCAUAUUGUACAAUGUAUUUUCAGUGUAUAUAUUUGUAGAAGGUGCAUGACUAUGUAUGAAUGCACUAUUAGGUAGAAAACAAACAGAUGCCUUGUAUAAUAAAUAAGUCACAGCAGUGUCCUUCCUGCGUUUAACUUCUUUUGCUGUCAUUGCUUUUAUGAGAUUGUACCCUAAAUAUAUUCAAUAUUUUGUAUCAAGAAAUUGUCACAAAAUAUGUCAAACAUAUUGAUUUAUAAUUGUUAAAAAUCUGCAAGGUUAGAAACUCUGACUACUUUGAGAAUUGCAUGAGGGGAAAAUGAAAUUUCAAAAGUGGUAGAAAGUCUUACAAAUAGUAAAAUCUGUUCAGAUGCAAAUCCCAAAUUUCCCGUAUGUUGUCAUUUUGACUUUUAUUUUAAAACUGAUUAGUCUUAUUUAUGGCAAAUGACAAAACUGAACAGCAAUCAUGAAGUGUCUAAUAAUAAUCAAACUGAAUUACUGAGUGUGCCUGGAUUAUAUUUUACAGUUUCUAUGAGCCAAGGCAACAUUUGAAGUGUAAUAUUAAACCCUGCAUAGAAAUGGUGUACAAUGCUGACUUGGUGUCACAAGCUGUUGUUUUGCAUCUUAAUUUUUAUCCCUCCAGAUAAACACUCCCCCUCUUUUUAUGCCAACUAUUGCAAGUAAUGUCAUACUAUAUGAGUCAAUCAUUCAUCACAAACAGUCAUGCACUUACUUGACAUCCCUUUUCUGUCCUGGGGCUGUGGUUCGGCCGAGGCUUUCUGUAGUGACCACUUAAAGCCCGUGGUCAGUGACAUGGGUUAGGGUUACCAGCAGACACAUAGACCCAUCAUUUGGAUUUGGUUACCAAAUUCUUCUCACAUUUCCUGUCAGUGACAUAAAAUAGACAGUAAAAUAUACAAUAUAAAAGGCUGUUAGGGUGUUACUGUACAUCAAGUCAUGUAGACCUGGGAUGUUUCAGUUAACAAGUAAUGAUUAUAAUACUAAACCAUUAAGGUUCAAAUUAAAACUAAUUUGUAACAGAAAGCAUUCAGCUGGUGAAACACGUUUGAACACGUUUAUAAGGGUUAUUGUUUAAAGAAAACAUUCAGCAGGCUGGAUCAGAAACGGGCAUGUUAGGAAGAGAUUAUAUUCACAUUUGUAAUGAUGAUGACGAUGGAAGGAUGACAGUAACAGUACACACUGUGUUCGUAGCUUGUUGACGAUACGGUGAUAUGUCUUUCUUGAUAAUUUAUCUACCUUAUGCCAUACUGUAAUUUACUGUGUAUUUUGUGUGCUUUUUAUAUAUGUAUCUAUGCUUUAUGCCUGCUGCGAAAUAAUAAUAAAGAUCAGUGAACCAG